AUGGACGGACCCAUGCCCAUCUCUGAUCUGGGUCGGCGCUGGUUUUCUCGCAUCGAAAUCUACUACCGCCUAAUCUUGUGUAAAAAUCGGAUAUUCUGUACUCACUGGGGAGGGCAAAUCAUUAUUGGAAAGGCUAAUUUCCCGUUAAUUGAGUGUGCUGUGCGAAAACGCGAUUGCCCAGUGACUGACGUGUUUUUGACGCUAUUUCUGCAGGAGGAGAUGCUCUUCUGUGACGACUGCGACCGUGGCUAUCAUAUGUUCUGUCUCAAUCCUCCGCUCUCUCAACCACCAGAGGGUCCGUGGAGUUGCUGUCUCUGUCUGGAGCGCUUUAAAGAAGAGGCCGCCGCCAACGACAUUCGAAUCAUUGGUGUAGCUUCUAGUGGAGGCUGCGUAAACCUUAUUAAAGUGCGCUUUUACUGUGUGGUCAUCACUACUGUUGUGCUUACAGCUGUGCGGUAUCACUGGCAUCUGCUGACGCGCGGUAGUGCUGAAGCUGCCGAAAUCUUCAAUGGCGGUUUCAGAUCUCUGCUCUACAGGCUGCGCUUUACUCCUCCAAAGCGGUGUGACUCAAUGCCAAAACUCGUCAGCUAG